UUCCCCGUUUUUUCGGUUAGCUGCUUUGCUCAACCUACGUUAGCUAGCUACAUUAUUCCGUAAUUUUACACUAAUAAACGGCACACGAGUUGUGUUAGCGUGUUUAUUACCACAAACGAUCCAUUGGCACGAUGUUUCACAACUGUUUUGCCAGCUGUAAGUUAGUAAACUUUUUAGAUGACUGCUUCGUCUCGUUCCCGCUUUAAAUCCAAUGGUUGAGGAAGUCUACGUUGCCAUGUUUGACACUUUCCGGUCACGUAACCACUGUCACGUUUAAAAGCAGUAUCAGACCAGACACGAGUACUGUCGGGUAACUGAACAACCUGAGAGUGCGUGUUUGUUCAUGGAAGACUUCGUUGAUCCUGAGGCGUUUUAGCAGAAGAAAACUAUGAGUGGUACCAGUCCUGCUCCUCCAGCAUGUAAUGGCAUUACUCCACUCCAACAGAUGGUGGCGUCCUGCUCCGGAGCCAUCCUCACAUCUUUGUUUGUUACACCUUUGGAUGUUGUGAAGAUCAGACUGCAAGCGCAGAAAAAUCCCUUUCCCAAAGGCAAAUGCUUUGUCUACUGCAAUGGACUUAUGGACCACAUAUGUGUGUGUGAAAACGGCAACUCCAAGGCCUGGUACAAAGCCCCCGGUCACUUCCAUGGCACACUGGAUGCCUUCGUCAAGAUAGUACGCCAUGAAGGAAUGAAGGCAUUAUGGAGCGGUCUACCUCCAACCCUUGUGAUGGCAGUCCCAGCUACAGUUAUCUACUUUACGUGCUAUGACCAGCUGUGUGCAGCGCUGAGGGUCAGGAUGGGAGACUAUGCUCAGGAGGCUCCUCUUCUAGCAGGUGCUAUCGCUAGAGUGGGUUCAGCGACAGUGAUCAGCCCUCUGGAGCUGAUCCGCACGAAGCUGCAGUCUCAGAAACAGUCGUACAGGGAGCUGACUGACUGCAUCCGCUCUGCAGUACAAACAGAGGGCUGGCUGUCUCUGUGGCGAGGUUUGGGGCCCACACUCCUCCGAGACGUGCCCUUCUCAGCCAUGUACUGGUACAACUAUGAGAAGGGCAAGAGCUGGCUGUGUGAACAUUAUAACACCAGUGAACCUACGUUUACCAUUACCUUCGUAUCUGGAGCACUGUCAGGCUCUAUUGCGUCCAUUGUAACGUUACCUUUCGAUGUCGUCAAAACGAGAAGGCAGGUGAUGCUGGGAGAGCUACAAGCAAAGAAUUUGUCAUGUCAGGACUCCUCCACCUUCUGCGUGAUGAGCAGGAUUGUGGCGCAGGACGGCUUCGGUGGAUUGCUUGCAGGUUUCCUCCCAAGGUUGAUCAAAGUGGCCCCAGCCUGCGCCAUUAUGAUCAGUUCUUAUGAGUUUGGAAAAGCCUUUUUCCGCCAACACAACCAGGAAAGGAUACUCGGGCCACUGCAGACCAGUAACACCUGAUAGCUUUACAGUCAUUUCUCUUCAAAUCAAACACUACUGCUAGACUAUACCUGGAAGUGAAGAAAAUAAUGAAAUGCUUGACACUUUUCUGAAUUACAAGAUUAAUAUAUUCCUUUCAUUAGGAUUUCUAAUUUAA